UUGUUCAAGAGUUUGAGCAUUCUUUCACUCACUAUUAGGAAAUGGCGGAACUGCUUCUCUCCGUUGUUGCCGAGGGAAUCAUUGGGACUCUGGGCUCACUGGCUGCCAAAGAGAUCGGACUGCUAUGGGGUGUCAAAGAUGAGGUUGAAAGCCUCAUGAGCACCGUUUCAACUAUCAAAGCUGUGCUUCUGGACGCAGAGGAGAAACAUGCUGCAGGGAACCAUGCUGUCAAAGAUUGGCUGGGAAAGCUAGAAGAUGCCAUGUAUGAUGCUGAUGACUUGCUGGAUGAGGUUUCAACUGAAGCUCUGCAAAGAGAAAUAAUGACCCGUGAUAAGAAGGCCAAAAAGAGCAGAGUGGCGACAGGGAAAAUGAGCCGGCGGCAAGACCGAGCCGAGACCCUUGUGGAAGCAGCGGUUGGAGUCCUCAACACAGCGGACCCAUUCGAGAAGGCGCGGCUCGGCGACUCAGUCGCUUCUCAGUGGCUCCAGGGGACCAUCACUCAGCCCUACGACCCGUCCCGGGACCUCCCCGUCCCAGAUCGCCCCGCAAGGCUCUCCAACAUCAAGUUGGUGUCACCGAGUCUCAUGCCGAAGCUUGGAAAAGCAGGUAGCUUGCAGAGUAGGCAGGCCAUUGUGCAUAGUCUUGUGCACAUUGAGAGCUGGGCUAUUGACUUGUCUUGGGAUAUAAUAGCUCGCUUUGGUAAGCAAGCUGCAAUGCCACGAGAUUUCUUCACCGAUUUUGUUAAGGUGGCUCAGGAUGAGGGUAGACACUUCACUCUCCUUGCAGAACGGCUAGAGGGGCUGGGUUCUUUUUAUGGAGCAUUACCAGCUCACGAUGGCCUCUGGGACUCUGCUACUGCUACUUCCACUGAUCUCUUAGCACGUCUGGCAGUUGAGCAUUGCGUCCAUGAGGCAAGAGGACUUGAUGUGCUUCCCACAACCAUUUCUCGGUUUCGCAAUGGAGGCGAUAAUGAGACAGCAGAGUUACUAGAGAGAGUGAUUUACCCAGAAGAGAUUACCCAUUGUGCUGCUGGGGUUAAAUGGUUUAAAUAUCUUUGCCUAGGGGCCGAAAAUCCUGCUUGGAAUCCAGGCAGCUUGGCAUCUCCAGGUGGGGCAGGAGAAAGUGAAAAAACGCUAGAGGAAAAUGAAGUAAUUCAGAAGUUUCACUCAAUAGUGAGGACAUACUUCAGGGGACCAUUGAAGCCACCUUUCAAUGAGGAAGCAAGAAAAGCUGCUGGGUUUGGCCCUCAGUGGUAUGAACCACUUGCUGUCAAAGAGGUUAACCCUAGAGUGACAACAAUAUUUUAAUUAGAAAAACAAUUUCUGAUAAAGUUUGUUUACGACUUUGGAAUUGUUUCUUAUAUUCUCCAAGAGGCAAAUGUGUUUUUCCUUUUUUUUUCCCCAUAUUAUUUUAGAUGAGGCUGCCCACAAUGGGGUCACAGGAACCCUAAGAAUCAGUUUUUGAAUGCAUAUAGUGCUUUCGAAUCUGGGUUGUUUUGAUGCAAUGUAUAGUUUUAGGAAACGUUCUGUUUUUCUUGCUUGGAUAUUUUUUUAGUUUGUGUGCAGUUAUGCUGCUUGU